AUACAGACGCUGGGGUGCUCGUCACCGCCUCUGUGCCCAGUGUCAUGUUUUCCUUGCUGACCCUGUCAUUGGUGGCUUAGGAGUGACGUGCAGGAAGUGUGGCUCAGGCCGUGACAGCGCCGCUGCACGGUGAGGUGGGGCCGCCAUGACACAGUCCAAGGAGAAGAUGAUGCGCGGCGCUCGGCGAGGGUGUGUGCGCCUCAAGGGUGCCGUGGUGGGCAUCGACGAUGACGAUGACUCAACAUUCACCAUCACCGUCGACGCAAAGACAUUCCACUUCCAGGCUCACGACCCAGACGAGAGAGAGAAGUGGAUCCGAGGCCUGGAGGAUACCAUCGUACGCCACACACCUUCCAUCAGGCGCUGGGACCCAAGCAGACCGGCACCCACCAUGGCAGACUUCGACAAGAAACUAACGGAGAGCGAUGCGUACCUCCAGCUGUUGAUAGAGCAGAGCGGAGUGUUGGAGCGUCACAUGGGAUCAACCGAGGACCCAGAUGACCGCCGCCGCUGCCAGGAAGUUCUCAAUGGGGUCAAUAGUGUUCUGGAAUCGAUCAAGCACUCCAUUGUUUUACUGCAGAUCGCGAAAAACACUGCCUUCCCUGUAAAUGGAGUCUACCACCCUUGCAACGCUAUUCCGGAGUCCACCACCACCACCACCACCUCCACCACCACCUCCACCACCACUGCCUCCACCACCACCAGCACCACCACCAGCCUAGGGUCAACCGAGGAUAGCGUGCCCCUGACCCUUCCGCCAAUGGUCCAGACUCUCUCCGAGGACGAGGACUUCUUUGAUGCCGAUGACUUCGGGACCCCGACCCCAUCUCAGAGCCCAAGGUAA